UCAUGAGGGGACCAUCACAUCUGAACAUGUGUCCAAGUAUAGAAAAGUCCUAUGUCAACUCAUUAACAGAUUUCUGACUAAUCUGGAUAAAGUGUCACAAGAUUUGGCUAAAUCCAACCAAUCACAAUGUGAAAUCAGUUUCCAGUUCAUUGAACAAUGUAUGACAUCACGGCCAGAGAUAUUUGUCAAAAUGCCGGAACUUGCAAAAGAUCAUGCAACCAAAGAAAUCAAUGUAUCCCCUCAGACUGAUGUAGACAUUGGUUUUGCUGUGACAUCCUGGGUGAUAUCACGUUUACUUCGCCUUCUGGCCACCAGGGGGUGUGAGAAGUUGCAUUCCCGCUCUAUUGACCUCAUCGUCAACCUUCUGCAAGGGGUCAAGGUCAAGGACAUUGUCAUGUUCCGUAAUCUUCUGUUUGAAUUUAUUUAUAGCCUUCAAGAUUUGGUGAAAAUCAGUGAUAAGUAUUAUGAUGAAAAUACACCUGAGGACUUCUGUGCAGAACUACAACGGUUUAGCAUUCCAAUCAAUAGUACAGUCCGUACAGGUGACACGCCUACAAAGGGGAUUGAAGAGCAGACGGACAUUGAUCUAACCAGUAAGCUGUUACUUCUACCUGAUGAACACGCCUGUGAGAUGUUGCAGA